GUCUCAUUUAUGGAUGUGGUGAGGCAAUGCAUGUAGUUAGUAUUUUACCCGUGGUUUAACAUUUGUGCACACAAAACAGUGGUGGAUACAUUAGGAACUCCUCUUAAGAAGGAGUUACUACACAGCUUUGGUGUUUAAAAUACCGAGCCUUUUUUGUCCUGUUCAUGGUAGAAAAGUGAGAGAAGAUUUUCCAACAUGCAGGCUGCAGGUGACUUUCUAAAUGUAUUCAACACUGAGGCCAGCAAGAUAUCUGUGACACUCUUCCUCAUUUUUCUUGGUCUCCUCUACUGGUAUUCAGUCCGUCCCUUCUCAGUCCUCUCACGAUGUGGCAUCAAACAUCCAAAGCCAGUGCCUUUCUUUGGCAACUUAUUUAUGUUUCAGCAGGGUUUUUUCAAACCUCUGAAUGAUCUUAUCAAAACAUAUGGUAAAGUAUGUGGAUAUUAUUUGGGCCGGACACCAGUGGUAGUGGUAGCAGACCCUGAUAUGCUCAGACAAGUGCUGGUGAAGGACUUCAGCAGCUUCCCUAAUAGAAGGAGAUUUGUGUUUGCCAAAAAGCCUAUAUCCGAUUGCUUGCUCCAGUUAAAGAAUGAACGCUGGAAACGAGUGCGGAGCGUCCUGACCCCGUCUUUCAGUGCUGCCAAGAUGAAAGAAAUGGUUCCGCUCAUCAAAACAGCCACUGAUGCCCUGAUGAAGAAUCUGAAUGUCCACGCUGAGUCAGGAGAGGCCUUUGACAUCCAUAGAUACUUUGGCUACUUUACCAUGGAUGUUAUUGCCAGUGUGGCAUUUGCAACUCAGGUGGACUCGCAGAAUAACCCAGAUGACCCGUUUGUCCAACACGCUCAGAUUGCCUUCACCAAUAAUUUCUUCAGGCCUAUUUUGUUACUUUUCUUUGCUUUUCCCUCCAUCAUGGUUCCUCUGUCGAGGUUCAUACCCAGCAAAAGACAAGACAAGAUGAAUAAUUUCUUCAUUAACAGCAUUCACAAAAUCAUCAAACAGAGAGAGGAGCAGCCUCCUGAGCAGAGGCGUAGAGACUUCCUUCAGCUGAUAUUAGAUGCUCGAGCCACUGAAGAGUGUGUGUCAUUGGAGCACUUUGACACAUCAAACGAUGCUCAUGAGACUGAUGUCAGGAACCAGCAGACCCAGUCUUCAGGCACAGUUCAAGAAAACGGGAGCCAGCAGGAGCAGUCUGUCAGGCGUCCACAGAAAAAGAUGAUGACUGAGGAUGAGAUUGUUGGUCAGGCAGUAAUCUUCCUCCUGGCAGGCUAUGAAACCAGUAGCAACACUCUGGCGUUCACCUGCUACCUCUUGGCCCUCCACCCUGAAUGUCAACUCAAAGUACAGAAAGAGGUGGAUGACUUCUACACUAGACAUGACUCACCUGAUUACACAAAUGUGCAGGAGCUGAAGUAUUUGGACAUGGUUAUAUGUGAAGCAUUACGCCUCUACCCUCCUGGAUUCAGGUUUGCACGAGAAAUAGAACAUGACUGUGUGGUGAAUGGUCAGCAACUUCCUAAAGGAGCAAUACUGGAUAUCCCUGCAGGCUUCCUCCAUUAUGACCCAGAACACUGGCCCGAGCCUGAGAAGUUCAUUCCUGAGAGGUUUACACCAGAAGCCAAGGCCGCUCGACAUCCAUUCGUAUACCUACCAUUUGGAGCUGGCCCUCGUAACUGUGUGGGAAUGAGACUCGCCCAGCUUGAAAUCAAAAUGGCUUUAAUGCAUCUGUUCCACAACUUCAGCAUAAAAGCCUGUUCUGAUACUAAGGUUCCUCUUGAGUUGAAGUCAUCCAGCACUCUUGGACCCAAAAAUGGUGUUUUUGUGAAAAUCACAAGAAGAGAACAAGGAGCUCAUCUGUCAUCAGCUGAUUAAAUCAUUUACACCAUACUGAAACAUAACAAUCUCUUACUGUGGAUUGGGACACAGUGUCUACACACAUUGGGCGCGAGCACUCUCUACAGACAAUGAAAGGAAUUGCAACAUGCAGCAUUUAUAUCAUCCCCAAUGAUGAGAUUUUCAGUGCUGGUUGUAAACAGAAUUGUGCAAAUAAUGAAAAGAACACAUUUUGUGAAAUUUUGCAGUUUUUAUAUUCAUGUGAAAUUUUCUGUAUUGAAAUAAAAAUCUGUCUAUCAGUAAAAAUAGGUGUAAAAACAUCUAUCUCGUACCAUUUAGACAACCUUCACGACUCUUUAGAGACAAAACAUCUGAUUCAAAUUUUCUCUGCACGACAAAAUCAAUACUGGUGAUGUCUCAACUUUGUAUUGCACGAAGAGGAAGAAUCGACUGAGAAAGUUUAACUUUGAUGAAAAACUGUGGCAGGUUUUCCAAAGUGUUUUGAGGCUCUACUUGUGUAAAAAGGUUGUCAAACAGCCAGGAAUGGCAAAGACAAGUUAAGCCUCCCGCUUUAUAGCUGCAAAAAAGAAAAUAAUUUAAUGAAUAUUUUGGCAUCUUCAGUUUAGUCUUUUUGUGUCACUUUAUGUCACUUUUGAUAGACUUUUUGUCUUGUCAUCAAAUAAAGCUCCUGUGUUGCA